AUGGCAUGCGAUUGUCAUAUUGAUACGCGCGUCAUUGUCCGUUGGUGCCCAACACGUGCCCACGCUCUUUUGGCAACGUCCGCUAAAGCAGUCGGCGUCACGCGAGCAUGGGUAGCCGGCAGCGUGCAUGCCAAAGAUGAGGUCGCGGCACGUGUACAUAAAGUCGAGGUAGCUCGACCACUCGGCCUGCGAAAUCGUCUUAAAGUAGGUCGCCGAGCACCCAGUCACGGGGUUCUGCGACGACGCCACCAUCGAGAUGAGGUUGUUGAAUAG